UCUGCCGGAGACUCCCGUGGCCUCCAUGUGACGUCCCAGGCGACCCGCCCUGCGUGCUCGGGAUGCCGGACUGCCGCUCCUGCCCGAAGACAGACCCCCUGCUCUAGAUGCUGGCUGCCGGCGAGGACGCAGGCUCCUCCUGGAGGCCAGGCAGCUCCCCGCGUCCCUGGAGUGAAGACCCCCUCAAGACCCCACUGAAACGCCCGCUGUGCGAGAUGCCCAGUGUUACGCGGCUGGCCGCCACCUGAGCCCAUGUGCCCCCCUCCGCAUCCUCCUGGACCUCGUGCCACCUGGAAGCCCCUCCUGCCCUCGGCCCCCGGCCUGUGUGUGAGUGCGAGAUGUCGCUGCUGCGCGCGCUGGGCCCCGUGCAGACCUGGCUGGGGCAGGAGCUGGAGAAGUGCGGCAUCGAUGCCUUGGUUUACAGCCGGUACGUCCUCAGCCUGCUGCUCCACGACAGCUGCGACUACGACCUGCAGGAACAGGAGAAUGACAUCUUCCUGGGCUGGGAGAAAGGAGCCUACAGGAAGUGGGGCAAGAGUAAGAAGUGUUCAGACCUCACUCUGGAGGAAAUGAAGAAGCAGGCUGCUGUCCGGUGUCUGCGAUCGGCCUCAGAUGAGAGCUCGGGCAUCGAGACGCUGGUGGAGGAGCUGUGUUCCAGGCUGAAGGACCUGCAGAGCGAGCAAGAAGAGAAGACACACAAGAAGUCAGAUGGGUCUCCGUCUCCUGAGGCAGAGCUGUCCCCUACGGCAAAGGAUCAGGUGGAGAUGUACUACGAGGCAUUUCCCCCGCUCUCCAAGAAGCCAGUGUACCUGCAGGAGAUCAUGACGGUGUGGAACAAGUCCCAAGUCUGCUCCUACUCCAGCUCUUCCUCGUCUACAGCCCCGCCGGCCAGCACAGAUACAUCCUCUCCCAAGGACGGCCACAGUGAAGGCGAGCCCGCCUGGGAAAGGGGCCGGGGACCUCUGUCCAGCUCGAAGGAAGCAGCCCCGGUCCAGAGCCACAGUGAGAAGGGGAGCGAGCGGAGCCGUGGCCCACCGCCUCAGGAGCCCUCACCUUACAGGAAGCAGGCCCGGCCCAGGCCCGAGGGAAAGGCCCGCCCCCGCUCCUGGUCCUCUGGCUCAAGUGAGGCGGGCUCUAGCUCCAGUGGCACCCAGGGGGAGCCGAGGGCACCCGCCAGGGGCGUGAGAGCGAGGCACCGGGCGAGGGAGGUGCGGAACAAGAAGGGGCGGGGUGGACAGAGUCGGAUCCUGGCCAAGGGCAGCCAGAAGACGGAGAGGGGCAUCCGCACCGGGAGCAGUAGCAGCAGCAGUGGGGGCGGCUCCAAGCAACUGUUCAGACGGGGGGGACGAAGGCCACCCCGGGAGCCGGCCAGGAGGGAAGCCGGCGGCCCCGACGGAAAGGAGGUGUGCGUGGAGAGCAGGAGCGCCCGGGAGUACAAGGAGGAGCCGCUGUGGUACACGGAGCCCCUUGCUGAGUACUUCACACCCUCCAGCAGGAGGAGCAAACUGGAGACCACGUAUCGCCGCCGGCCAGAGCCCUGCCCUCGGGGGCUUGACGCCGCCACUGGCGGGGAGCUGGUGGACACCGUGCAUGGCCUGUGUGUUAGCAGUCCCCACAAGACAUACCUCUCAGCUGGUACCUUCAUCGAUGGCCAUUUUGUUGAAAUGCCCGCCGACAUCACCAGCGAGGCUGCUGGCCUCCCCGGGACCCCAUUCUGUUCUCCGCGGGAGGACGCUCACUACCUGGAUGACAUUCAUCUGUCGGAAUUCACACACUUCUACGAAGUGGACAUUGACCAAUCCAUGUUGGAUCCUGGUGCCUCAGAAGCAACGCAAGGAGAGAGUCGGAUCUUGAAUAUGAUUCGACAGAAAGACGCCGAGAGGACGGACUUGGAGGCCGACUGUUGCAUAGUGUUAGACGAGGUGGAGUGGCAAGGGGAGCGUGCAAUAUGGACAGAGCCUGCCAAUGCGGGGGGCACGGAGGGCCUGCACCUGCGGGGGUGCCCUGAGGACCUGGCUGUGUUCUGGGGCUGCUGCUCUUCCAGCUCUGGUGACGCCGAGAGCUUCGGGGGCGACUCCCCUGUCCAGCUCUCUCCGCUCUCGGACAGCACGCUGCUCAGCUCACAUGCGCUGGCUGGCAAUCAGGAGCUCUUCCCAGAGGUCAGCGAUGGACCCGCUCUCCGCUCGUGUUUCUCAGUGUUUGAAGUGCAAUGCGGUGACUCUGGUCUACCCUUUUCUUUCGAAACACUCAGCUUGGGAAGUGAACACACGGAUUCUAGUGCCCCCGUGCUUGGGAAGACACAAUCGCGAUUGCUCAUAUGGACCAAAAAUAGUGCCUUUGAUGAAAACGACCACUGUUCCAGCCUUUCCACAAGGACAUGCAGCCCCUGGUCCCACUCAGAAGAGACACGCUCGGACAAUGAGGCGCUCAGCAGCAUCCUGUGUGAGGAGCCCGCACCAUUCAGCACAGAGGACGUAUGUUAUGGGGUCCCUAGAGUCCCCUCGAAUUAUGUAGAUGAAGAACUUCUCGACUUUUUGCAAGAUGAAACUUACCAGCAGACUAGUAGAAGUUUGGGAGAACUCCCGGCAUUAGUUUUCAAAAAGAAGUCUAAACUGGAGUCCGUCUGUGGGAUUCCCCUCGAAGAGAAACCGCAAAGCAGAGACGGUGGGCCCACACAGGGGUGUGGGGGAGGCAGCCCUCCCGGGGACCGCUACCACUCAGGGGUCAUGAAGGGCAUCUGGACACACGUGGCGGAUGGGAGCCCGGCAGGCGGGAUGGACGGGGAGCCCUUCCCUGCAGACGUGAGCGGCUACUGCUCCUGCCUGGAGGCUAGAGCUAAGGCUGACGGUCGCCAGGAGCCCAGCAGGGCCGUGCAGAGGUCAGAGUACCGCCUGUGGGACGGCCAGAAGGGGGGCCUGCAGAAGCAUGCCUUUGCCCCCAGCGUGCCAGCAGAGGUGGACGGGGGCGACUACACCACGCCCUCGCGGCCCUGGGAGGAGGCCCAGGAGAGGGGGAGCACAUUCAUCUUGGGGGGUGUCUAUGGGGAGCUCCAGACCUUCAGUGAGGGGGAGUGGGCUGUGGUGCCGCCCAGCCCCUCGAGGGGCAGCCUGCUGCAGUGUGCUGCCUCCGAUGUGGUGACCAUCGCGGGCACCGACGUCUUCAUGACCCCUGGGAACAGUUUCGCCCCUGGCCACCGGCAGCUGUGGCGGCCCCUGGUGUCCUUUGAGCAGAGGGAGCCGCCCAGGAGUGGGGAGGGCGGUUGGAAUAAGGGGUUCUCUUUUAUCUUCCACGAAGACUUGCUGGGUGCAUGUGGCAACCUCCAGGUUGAAGAGCCUGGGCUCCAGUAUCCGUUCUCCUCCCUGGACCUGGGCAGCCCCCUCUCCCAGGUCCUCCAUGUUGAGUGCUCCUUCGAGCCUGACGGCAUCGCCCCCUUCAGCCCCAGCUUCAAGCCCAAGGCCAUCCUCUGCUCCGAAUCGGAUGGCGAGGUGUUCCACCCCAGGACGGGUGGUGCUGGCCGGACCCAGUACAGGGCCAUCCGCAUUUCCCCACGGACUCAUUUCCGCCCCAUUUCUGCAUCGGAGCUGUCACCCGGGGCAGGGAGCGAGUCGGAGUCAGAGAAAGAGGAAGCACACCUCCCCAUCCCGCCCCAGGUGGAAGCCUUCCAGGACCCUCAGGCUGACCUCAAGCCUCUGGAGGAAGACGCAGAGACAGAGGGCCACUACUACGGCAAGUCAGAGCUGGAGUCCGGGAAGUUCCUGCCCAGGCUGAAGAAGUCCGGCAUGGAGAAGAGCGCGCAGACCUCGCUGGAUUCCCAGGAGGAGGUGGCCGGUGGCCUGCCUGUGGGGAAGCGGACCCCAUGCCUGGGCUGCAGCGGGCACGAGACCCUGCAGACAGAGACUGGCUGCAGAGAGCCCACCCAGGGCCAGGGCGAUGCGAGUCCCUUCUGUGGCUGCAGAGCAGGCUGUCCGUUUCCUGUUUGUGAAGACCGUCUGGUGUCCUCGGGGCAGCUGGCCGAGUUCCAGAAGGGGAAGGAGCAGCAAGGGGAGCAAGGCGAGACUCCGCAGCGCACGCCGGCCGCCUCCCUUCACCUUCUCUUUCCUGUGUUGGACACGGACGUGCAGGACACCAGGAGGCCCCAGGAGAACCCGAGCUGGUGGGAGAAGGCCCUCUUCUCCCCUCUCUUCCCCACAUCCGAGUGUGAUGCUCCUGGCCAGGCUCCUGGGCUGCCUCCCGCCCUGCCCUCUGGCUCUCCCCAGGCUCCGGUCCACGUAGAGUACACAGUCGGCCCAGGGUCAGCCUGGAGCGAGUGGCUGAGCCUCAUCGCUGCACCCGGACGCCGGCCGGGGAUCUUGAGGCCGCUGUGCCACGGCUUUAAGAAGCCCCCCAAGUGGCGACCACGCCUCCCCUGCAAGUAUUACCCCCACGACAAGGGAGAGGACGGUCCAGGAGAAUUCCAGGACAUCAAGGACGUGCCCAGUAGCGAGCACCCGCUGGACUUCAAUAGGGUGUCCUCCGUGUAUGAAGCCAGGUGCACCGGGGAGAGGCUCUCGGGCGCCCAGGCCCACGGCUUCCGCAGAAAGAGUUGAGGACAGCUGUCCUGUGAAGACCCCCCCCCGCUGUUAAAUUCUUGGCUCUUUGACGUAGACUAGACUGUGUUGUCCGACCGGAGCGGGCUGCAUGUGCUUGUCUGGGAGCGCCGCUGCUCCCGCCCGCAUCCCGGCAGAUCCGCCCAUGUCUCCACGGCCCGCGCAGCCUCCGCCCGCCCCCGCCCGUCCGGCAGACUCGUGGGCACGUGGCACGUGGCGUGAGCACAGGCCGUGCUUGCGGAGGGCGGAUGCUCGGCUGACGCGGGUGGUGACGCCUGGCUUGUGACUUCUUGCUUCCGGAAGAAGCCGAGGCUGGGCAGCGAGGGGGCUGGGCAGAGGACCUUAGUCGGGAAGGAGGAAGGAGUCCUUUCAGGGAGUGUCAGACCCUCGCUUCCCCCCACCCUGUGCCUCGUUCUGUGUGGACAGUGCCCGGGGAGGGGCGGGCGCACGUGCGCGCUGCCAGCCCAGGCUCUCGAGGUGCCGGCAGUGAGGCCAGGGCCGUAUGCAAAACCCCUCAACGUGCGAGCUCGUUUUCCUGUGCUCCCCACUUGUGGCGUGGGGGUCUUCGCGGGGCAUGCGAGCGGUCUGGGCCGAUUACGGCAGUGGUCCUAGGGGCCCGUGGACCCGCACAGCCAACCUCGAGGGCUGAGAGCAGCCGUCCGUCCGUCCGCUCUGAGCGUGGGGCUGACACACGGAAGAUGGCAUUGGGUCCCGGGCAGGGUCCUUGGCUGCCUCUGUGCAGCAUGUCUUUCGACACUUUACAUGGGCUGUGCGGGCGCGUGCACGCAAGUGUGCGUGCGUGCUUUGGGUUUGUGUUGCUGUUAUUUAUUUACAGACUUCAGAUAAGUUCUAUGUAUUUUUCUUUUUUCUGGAGCUUCCUAAAAAUUGACCAGCCUCUGCACUGAAAGGGAAUUGAACAGCAAAGAGGCCGCUGCUGUGUCAGGCCCAGGACUCCGCUUCUGCGCCCUGGAGACCUGGUUGGUGGCAGAGACACUUGCCAGGCAAGCUCUCAGCGAGGGACUCCGGGCAUGUGCUCUGUGUUGUCCGGGGUCAGUGGCUGAAGCUCGGAGACUCGGCAGCAGAGGUGAAAGUGUGGCUUUUAGUUUGGGGAACAGAUGAAUGACCACAAAGAGAGGGCAUUUAGAAAGUGUGCAAACCGAGCUGUGCGGUGGUAUGCCGAGACCACAUGCCGGCCCCGCAAUACGUCUCUCCAACUUGACCUUCACCAGAGUAACAGAUGUUUGUUUUCUUGUGGAGUUAACACCAAAUAAAAACCUGAAAAACA